UGCGGUUUUUGUCUUUUGGUCGACCGAGCAGCAUGUGCUGUCUUCAGUCGUGAAAUUUCCUCAGUUGAUUACAACUCGGCGCCUCCAAACCUAUCGACGUUAGCCAAUGCCACUCUAUUUAACACAUGGAGACCGAGAGCUCAUAUACUCCCUCCAUCGGGAAAGAUAGGCGAUCCGUGCAUGCAUUACACUGAUCCUAAGACAGGACUCUUCCAUGUUGGCUUCCUCCACGACGGAAUUGCAGGUGCCAUCACAGAUGAUCUCGCUACUUACACGGAUUUGAUGUCCGACGGACGUCCUUCAAUUGUUGCAGGAGGAAAAAAUGAUCCACUGGCAGUCUUCGAUGGCUCAGUGAUCCCCAAUGGCAUUGAUGGUCUGCCAACAUUGCUAUAUACUUCGGUGUCUUAUCUCCCGAUUCACUGGUCUAUUCCCUACACCAGGGGAAGCGAAACCCAGUCCUUGGCGGUUAGCUAUGAUGGUGGUCGCAACUUCACCAAGCUCAGCCAAGGCCCGGUCAUCCCUUCGCCGCCAUUUGCCCUCAAUGUGACGGCAUUCCGAGACCCAUAUGCCUUCCAAAACCCGGCAUUGGAUUCAGCCCUCAACAGUACCCAAGGAACUUGGUAUACCGCCAUCUCUGGCGGUGUUCACAAUGUCGGACCUUGCCAGUUCCUCUAUCGUCAGCAUGAUGCAGGCUUCCAGUACUGGGAAUAUCUCGGGCAAUGGUGGCAGGAGCCUGUAAACACAACCUGGGGUAAUGGUGACUGGGCUGGCGGAUGGGGCUUCAACUUUGAGGUUGGCAACAUCUUCAGCUUGAAUGAAGACGGGUACAGCGCGGAUGGAGAAUUAUUCAUGACACUCGGCACUGAAGGAUCAGAGGCACCUGUCACUCCAAGAGUUACUUCCAUCCAUGACAUGUUGUGGGUAACAGGAAAUAUCACCAAGGGAGAAUCUGUCGCUUUCACGCCCACCAUGGCAGGUUUCCUUGACUGGGGCUUGUCAUCAUAUGCAGCUGCAGGAACGAUCCUACCAGCAACUUCUAAGACCUCUGCUAAGAGCGGCGCCCCCGAUCGCUUCAUCUCAUACGUCUGGCUCACUGGAGAUCAGUUCGAGUUGGCAACUGGCUUCCCUAACGCUCAGCAAAACUGGACCGGAACACUUCUUCUCCCACGCGAGUUGAAGGUUGAAACUCUUCCCAAUGUUGUAGACAAUGAGCUUGCACGGGAGCCACUGUCUUCCUGGCGCGUGUCUCGCGAGGAAUCUGGUCAAGUUGAUCUCCAGACUAUGGGAAUCUCAAUUGCCAGGGAGACCUACAAUGCUCUGACAUCUGGGUCCUCCUCUGUCGAGGCCGGUCGGACAUUGUCCGAAGCUGGAGACGUGGCGUUUGAGACCUCACCAUCAACCAAGUUCUUCGUUCUGACCGCAAAUAUUUCUUUUCCAAGCUCAGCCCGUGGCUCUGAUCUUCAAUCCGGGUUCAAGAUUCUUUCGUCAGAGCUUGAGUCAACGUCCAUCUUUUACCAAUUCUCAAACGAGUCCGUCAUUAUCGACCGCAGCAACACAAGUGCUGCAGCAAAGACUACUGAUGGAAUCAGCAGCGACAACGAGGCAGGUCGCCUGCGUCUUUUCGAUAUCGCGCAGAAUGGAGCUGAAAAUAUCGAGACCUUGGAGCUCACUAUCGUGGUGGAUAGUGGCGUUCUGGAGAUUUAUGCUAAUGGACGCUUCGCGUUGAGUACCUGGGCACGGUCCUGGUAUGCAAAGUCGACCGAUAUUAGCUUUUACCACAACGGUGUGGGAGAAGUAACCUUUGGAAAUGUGACAAUCUUUGAAGGACUGUACAAUGCUUGGCCCGAGAGAGGAUAAACGGG